AUGGCUUUCACACUCUUUCCGGCACGAUCGCCUAUCAUGAAUGACGAAGACUCGUCCAUUGCUUGGCCACCAGAAAUCACAUCCGCCCAAUGUUUAAAGGCGUAUCCAGGGAGGCCUCUGAUUCAAUAUGUUCUCAUGGUCGACGCUGGAUCUAUGGGGUCUAGGAUCCAUGCUUACAAGUUUAAUUACUGUAAUGCGACACCAGAGCUAGAAAGCGAAACGUUUGAUCAUGUAGAGCCGGGUCUUUCGUCUUAUGCUGAUGAUGCUGAAGGUGCAGCCAUGAGCCUGGAUCAUUUGCUGGAUGCCGCUCUGGAGACCAUCCCUCCAUUUCUUCAUCGACGUACCCCUAUUGCAGUCAAGGCAACUGCAGGUCUGAGACUAUUGGGCGAAGAAAAGUCGAAUAGAAUUUUGGCCGCCGUACGUGAAAGACUCGAAUCCAAGUAUCCAUUCCCAAUCAUCGAAGAGCAAGGGGUUGCCGUUAUGGACGGAGCUGAUGAAGGUGUCUUUGCCUGGGUCACGGUUAACUAUCUACUAGGUCGAUUCAACUCUUUAAAAAAAAAGGCAACGGUUGCCAUUCUAGAUCUUGGUGGUGCCUCAACUCAAGUAGUGUUUGAACCACAUGUGGUUGAUGGUCACUCUGUUGCUCAGGGCACCCACCGAUAUCCUAUGAGCUUCAAUGGAAACGAGUAUAUUCUAUAUCAGCACUCCCAUCUUGGUUACGGACUCAUGAUGGCACGGACCAGGAUCAACAACUAUUUAGUCGAUAGCCCUCUCGCUCACCAACAUAGCAUGAACUUGAAUGAGAAUGAAUACGCACAUCCCUGCCUUCCUGUAGGUCAUCGACAGGAGUUUAUAACCCAAAAGGGUCAGAGUGUAGUGUUAGUUGGAGUCUCGGAUCCAGGUGGGCAGUGUAGGGCAGUUGUGGAAGCCAUCUUUAACAAGCAGGGCCUGUGCCAGCAACCACCAUGCUCCUUCAACGGAGUCCAUCAGCCGUCGUUCCAGUCAUUUGUCAAGGACGAUAUCUAUGCGUUUUCAUUCUUUUUCGAUCUCACGGCGCCUUUUAGACAUGGUAGUGCUACAUUGGCACAAGAGAUGACGAUUGAAGAGCUAGAGGAGCUGACGGAUCGCUUAUGCGUUGGCGAUGAAAAUGGAUUCCAAGAAUUUCAUAGUUCUGCAGAGGCGAUGAAGGAGAUUCGUAAAUCUAACGACCUGUGCAUGGAUUUGAGCUAUAUAUAUGGUUUACUCGAAUAUGGAUAUGGAGUCCCAAAGAACAGGAAGAUCGUAUUGGCCAAAAAGCUCAAGGGAUAUGAGACAGGCUGGUUUGUCGGAGCCAGCAUUGCGGUACUGGAAGAGCGCGACUGGUUUCAUAGUGCAAUGGCCUUUUAA